GAGGGGUUGAGGAGAUGAGAGGAACACAUCUGUUCGAGAGAAGGAGGGCAAGCACGACAGAGCAUGCAAGUGCAAAAGAGGAAAGAGUCUGAAGUUGUUGAACGUGGAAAGUGCUGGCAUCAAUUCUACAAUUCUUCAACACAAGGCAGACCAGAUUCACCAAAGAUGACAUCUUCAGAAUCACUUCUGGACUGAAAAGGAUUGCCAUUUAUUAAUCUCUAUCAAAAAUUGCCAUAGGUUUUGUUGGUAAAGUGUUCCAAACAGAUGAUGCAUGUACUCUAAGUAUGAUGACAGUGUUUUGGACAGCGGUUGUUGUCUGCAUAUGUGGACACACAGUGGGAAUUUAUGGAACAGCUGGUAAGGAUGAACCAGCCAGCUUGACCAGCACAGUAACGCCUACUACUUUACCCACUAUUAAACCAACAGAAGAUGAGAGUAUCAAACUUGUGGACUGGCUCACAAAAUAUGGAUACCUCCUACCCCCUGAUCCCUCUACAGGUCAGUUACAGGCCUGGACAGCUGUCACUCAAGCUGUGAAGCAAAUGCAGAGAUUUGCUGGUCUGGAUGACACUGGAGUUUUAGAUGAAGAGACACUUCAGUUAAUUCAGACCCCUCGAUGUUCACUCCCAGAUGAGGAUGACCAAACUGUUCAGUUGUCAGCGUUACACAGUGAUACACAGAGUCAAAGGAUUAAAAGGACCAUGUCUACCUGGGCCAGACGAAAUAUCAACUGGAGGUUGCGCUCUUACCCAGCAUCCUCCAAACUAUCCCGUGAAGUAAUUCGCUCCCUGGUGUACUACUCGCUGAGAGUGUGGGCUGAUCCGACACUGCUUGAGUUCCAUGAGGUGCGAGGACCAGAGGGGGCUGACCUCCAGAUAGAUUUCUUGCGUGGUCCCCAUGGAGAUGGAUUUCCCUUUGAUGGGGCAGGUGGAUCUGUCGGCCAUGCGUUCUUUCCGUCAGAUCCAGAAAGGGCGGGUGGAGUUCACCUGGAUGCAGAGGAGGAAUGGGCCUUCAGACAACCAGCAACGGAAGGGACAGAUCUGUUUACAGUGCUCGUGCAUGAGCUCGGUCACACCCUCGGACUGACCCAUUCAUCGGCACGACAAUCUGUAAUGCGGCCGUACUACCAGGGACCCCUGGGAGACCCCCUACACUUCCGUCUGGGACAUCAUGACCUUCAACAUAUAACAGCCCUUUAUGGUCAGAGGGGGAACCAUAUUCCAACUGACAGACCUCUUGUUGUAACGGAACGUCAACUGCGACAUCGACACGGCGGUGUACACAGACUCACACACGGCCAUUUUGACAGAAGUUCCGUGGAUCGCUGUAACACCAGUUUCGACGCCGUUGCCAAGAUCCGAGGAGAGAUCUUCUUUUUCAAAGGGCAGAAUAUGUGGCGUGUGAGCAGAGGUGGUCUGGUUUCCAUCCGGGCUGUUUCUAUACAGAGACUCUGGUCUGCUCUUCCAUCUUUUCUUCCUCCUCUGCGAGCUGUUCUGGAGAGGCACGUGGAUCAUGCCAUCAUCUUUAUUAGUGAGUCCCAAAUUUGGCUGUUCAAGGAUCUGUCUCUUCAAGAAGGCUUUCCACAGUCUCUGGAUGCAGAAGAUUCACAAGGAAGUUGGCAAGGACUGCACUGGGAUCCUACCCAGGGUGUGGUGUGGGGGUCCAUGAGUGAGGAAAGAGAAAAGAGGGGAAACCCAGAGGAAAGUGAAGUCUGGAGUGAGCUCAUUAAAGGAGGAGUGAACGGAAUUAUCACGGAGAAUGACGAGAGAGACGAGGAUGGACAUUUUAAAGGUUCAACCUACGUUUUCAAAGGCGAUUCCUAUUGGAAAUUUACUCACCCUGGCUCCACCCCUGAAGAGGGAUACCCCCGCCCUCUGGCCACUGAUUGGUUGGACUGCCCUCAGCCUUCGUUUUAUAGCCCCGGUGACAUCUCAUUGAUCUCUCACUUUGGUCAACAGGAACUUCGUAAGCAGAAAAGAGAGAGAAUAGUCGAUCAGAUCAGACACAAAGAGGAAACAGACAGAGAGAAACAUCAUCACUGGGAUUGUCCAUGUCUGAACACUGCAGUGACCCCUACUGGACACACUCUGUUACUACUGCCUGUUUUAUUUCUGCUCGCUUUGAGUUUUUAACUGUCACUUUAACACACUCACAGACAACUUUGGGAACUUGGCAUUCGGUUUCUGAUCAGAGCAAGACAACUGUAAAAGUUACAAAGUCGCAUUUAUGAACAAUGUCCUUUUAUUAGGGCAUGUAAAACCUGGAAAUAUCAGUUUGUAAACUGUGAUUUCCAGAUGUGGAAAAGUUAUGAAAAUCGAAUACAAUUCUUAAAGGUCAUUGACAAGUCAUGGAAUGUUGUAUAUACCGAACACAUUGUGUUCUAGUUAUGCUCAGAUUAAAACAAUUUCGUCAGAUGGAAACUGAGAUGACUGAGAAGGUCAUGAAAAUUCACUGGUCAGAAGGUUUGGGAAGUUUGAGGUUAGGUAAAUCCUGCAGGAUUUUCCUCUGGAUUUGUAAUCCACAGUAUAACACAAACACUACCAAAUGACACAGUGGUAAUGAUUAACAGCUUAGUGCGUCUGUCUUUAUUGUGCCAAAUAAAGCUUAUGUGGCUAGGCAAUAACAUAUAUACAUAAUAUAAAAUUGUAAUGUCUGUGAGAUUUUGAUUAUGAUAAUUGAGUGGACAAGUGUUAUACAGUGAGAUCAAAAGAUCUCUUGGUUCAAAUGUGAUUGAAUUCAUAUUGUCUUUAUAAAAUAUUGCGUGAUCGAAGAUCAAUCGUACUAUGCUUACAAAUGUCAGGAGGUACAGUGUUGUACUAAAUGAGAUAGUGUGAAAGAUUUGACAAUAAGAUAGUAAUUCAGUAGUGACGGUCUAUUCUGCGAAACAGAAAAACUCUUCAGAACAUUGAAUCGGAACCAUAAAUAAAACAUUUAAUUUGCUUGAAUAUAUUUGAUGCAUUGAUAUAUUUUUAAAGGGAAAGUUCACCCAAAAAUAAAUCAUUCAUUUCAUCGUCAUCAUUUAUCCAACCUCGUGUCAUUCGAAGCCUGUAUUAGACUUCUGAGUGGUUUUGUGUGCAUACAAUGUGGGGUCCAGCGUUGUUUGGUUACCAACAUUUUUCAAAAUAACUUGUUUUGUGUUCUGCAAUACAAAGUUACAAAGUGUUCGGGUGAAUUAUUUCAUUAAAUAUAUAUUUUUUUGCAUUAAAUUGUUGUGU